GUGAUUUCGUUUUUUGCCUUUUUGUUUCGCUUCUGCCUCUGUUUAUAUGGCAAAGACGCGAUGCGUUCAUCUUCAGUUCGUCCACAUCGGUCACCACGAUUGGAAAUUGGAUAACUCAGUUUAUUCCAUUCAAAAAUUGAUAAUACCUAAAUAAAUAUUUACUGGCGUUCCUUGUGUCAAAAAACCAUAAAAUUCGUUGAAAAAUGGCGCGUGCAGCUUUGUGCAUGGCCGUCGCUUGCAUCUUGAUGCAAUGCGUCUACUCUGCCAAGUUCGAUUCAGAGAACCGUCGUCUUAUCCUCGAUAUUAACGACCAAAAGACAACGAAUCAGCAAUACUAUUCGUCAAACUUUGACACAAAUGCCUAUCGGUAUGGUUAUGAUGUCGGCAAGACCGGCAACUUCCACCACGAAACGAGAGGUCCUGAUGGAGUGACCUACGGCUGCUACGGCCUCAUCGAUCCCUACCAUCUACUCCGGGCAACACACUACGUGGCCGAUGCCCACGGUUACCGCACCGUUGAGCCGGAGAAGCCGGUGGAGACCUUCCCACCACACCUGUACAAAGAGACUGACGGAGGACCCUCCGAGCCAGGCAUCCUGCUCCAGUGGGACGAGCUCUACUUCCCCAUUGGAUGUGGAAAGUUCGCCAACGGAGCCCAGCAUGGUGUUCCCUACUUCAUUGAGGAUUACAAAGAGACCAAAAAAAGCUCCGAUGCGAUUCCAUCGUUCAGCUCCAACAGUAUUGUGAUCAAGGGCUCCGACCAGAAGAGUCUGCCCAUCCACAAGCCCGUGGGACCCAUUGGCCAGAGCACGGGAAUCUUUGGCACCGACAAGGGCCACAGCGACCACAGUCAUCCCGGCGACCAGGCACCGUCUUUCCACUCAGUGAACACCCUGCUCCCGGGCAGCAGCAAUGAUGGCCAGUACGUGCCGGAUAACAAUCCCUACAAGCAUGUGAUUGGACCCAAUGGAGGAAACGGAGGCAACGGAUCUGGAGGCGGCUUCGGUGGAAACGGAGGCGUCGGCGGCAACGGAGGAUUCGGACCCAAUGGGCCGGGAGGCCCGAAGGGACCAUUUGGACCCAAUGGGCCUCCUGGUCCACCUGGACCUCCGGGUCCGGUCGGCGCGGGAGGAGGAGCCUCAGGAAAACCGGUCUAUAAGGACGGCGAUCGUAUUUCCGUCGGCAGCGGUUCCGGAAUCGGCGGCGGUGAUCGUUAUACCACCGGAAACGGUGGCGGAGCUGGUUCCGGCGAUCGUUAUUCCACCGGAAACGGUGGCGGACCUGGUUCCGGCGGUCGUUAUACCACCGGAAACGGUGGCGGACCUGGUUCCGGCGGUCGUUAUACCACCGGAAACGGUGGCGGAGUUGGCUCCGGCGAUCGUUAUACCACCGGAAACGGUGGCGGAGUCGGUACCGGCGAUCGUAUUUCCGUCGGCUCCGGCGAUCGUGUUUCAGUCGGCAGCGGUUCCGCAAUCGCAGCCGGCGGUCAAUACCGCCCCGGCAAUGAGGGAACCUACACGAGCACCUACACGUACACCGAGACCGGUUUUCCUGGGGCCAUCGCCUAUCAAGCAGAUAACGGUAAAUAUAACCCUAACGCCAAUGAUGGUCGCUAUUCUGGUAUUAACGAUGGAAGAUAUUAUCACGAUGAUUCUGGCAAAUAUGUGCACGUUGAAGGCCCAACUGGACCUCCGGCACCCCCAUACGUCCAUGUGGUUGGACCCGAGGGCGGAUACGGCGGCGAGGGCGGCAAUGGAGAUGGCGGCGGCGUAGGCCCCGGCGGCCCAGGCGGACCAGGCGGACCAAAGGGACCCGGCGGCCCCAAGGGACCUCCCGGACCUCCCGGACCACCCGGACCACCUGGACCUCCCGGACCCAAGGGACCUACCAAGCCUGGACCUAAAGGACCUUUCGGACCUCCUGGACCACCCGGACCUCCUGGACCUACCCGCCCUGGCCCACCAGGACCCCCUGGACCUCCUGGACCAACCCGCCCUGGCCCACCAGGACCUCCAGGUAUAACUUUCCCAAAUAAUAAACAAUUUAAGAGAUUACUAAUAAGGAAUUGUUUUAAUCCAGGACCUACUCGCCCAGGCCCACCGGCCAACGAUCCUCGCUACUCGGACAAGGAGACUCCUGGCUACCUGCCACCUGUCCAACCGGGUAAAAUCUCCAAAAUUCCGCCCCCAUCCUACUCACAAGUCAUUCAAGUUGAACCCCCCAAAGUAGUUUAUAAGCCGAAUUACGAAAAGAAAGAUGAUUAUGUGCAGAGAGUAACCACUAAGCCACCACUAACCUAUAUUCCUCCUUCUCCUUCCACUCCCAAACCCUAUGUUCCCGUUCCUGUUCCGCCAUCCCAAAAAAUCACGACGAUCGUACAGCCAAAGGUCCCGGCUAUCACUAUUGAGAAGGAUAAGCCUAAGAGCGUUCCGCCACCGCCAGUGACACCGGGUAAAGUUGAAAAGAACACAUACCUACCGCCACCACCACCGACCCCCAAAUACGUGACUAAGACAUCUACACCCGCACCGAUUCCGGUGCAACCGUACCAACCCUCGACCCCCCGACCAUUUGUGGUUAAUACCGCCACCCCAGUUCCCCAGACUCCACCGACAAUUAGGUACCAUACGCCACAGGUACCGGCAGUGACCGUUCCUCCGUACAAGCCCGUGACCGCGAGACCGACACCACCUCCCCAAGUUUACGUUGAACCCAAAGUAACACCUCGUCCCUCUCCACCAUUGCAUGUUCCAUCGAUCAGCGAGUCCUGUGUGUGUAACGCCGAUAAGACGCACUCAUCGAAAAGCACCCUUACCUCCACCACCACCACCUCAACCACCUAUCCCAAUCCAGCCUCUGUUGACUUUAACAAACAAUUUUCCGGCUUCAACGGACAAGCGAACUUUGGCAGCAUAAUAAACGCCAUGUCACUCACACAACUGCCGGUGAUACCUCAAGCUCCUGGACAGCCGGCCUUCUAUCCCCCAGACAAGAUCCCCAAGGGGGCGGUGAUCGCCCUCAUGCCGGUGGUUAUCCUGCCGCAGGAGUACUAUUCCAACUGCGAAGAAAAUUCCGUUUACCAACACUCGAACAUCGAUCCUUUCCCGCUGGGCGUGCAACCGGCCUCGUUCAGUCUUCACUCCGUCCUGACUGGCUCCGCCCCGAAGGACCAAUGCAUGUGCCCAUGCUCCUGCACCCAGAAUCUGCCAGGACGUCUUCACAAGAAGCGCGAGACAAGCGAAGCCGACGCUCCAGUCGCGGCUAAGGCCGAACCCGAAAUCAAAGCUGAGCCCAUUCCGGCCGCAUCCGAGGAGGUCAAGGUUCAGGUUGAGACCAAGCCAGUUGCCCCCGAAGAGGUUAAAGAGAAAUUAGUGCCUGCUGCUUCCGAGGAGGUCAAGGUUCAGGUUGAACCCAAGCCAGCUGCCUCAGAAGAGGUGAAGGAAAAGGUUGAGCCCGUGCCAGCAGCUUCCGAGGAAGUUAAGACGAAAAUCGAACCCGAGGAAGCCAAAAUCCUGGCUGAUCCUAAACCAGAAAUCAAGGCAACUAGCGAGACGAACUAAGACAAGGACAUAAAAAACCAAUCCAAUCCCGAUCCCUUAUCCAAUCCCAACCUCAAUCCUACCUCCCCGAAAAAAAGAAAAACUAAACCUAGUCUAAGUGUUUUUAGUGUCUGCCAAUUAGGGCCAAAACAGCAUUUAAAAAAAAUGGGAAAAUUAGCUUGGAGCCCUGGUUAAUGUGUUCGAUUUCUUGUGUUAUGAAUUGGAUUUAAACGAUUAUGUAAUCAGCAGUUUUUGGGUAAAUGCACUCCAGACCGCCUGUCCACGACCCACACCGAUGCUCUCCAUGUAAAAUAUCAUCAUAAACUAUAUAAAUACUGUAUAAUCGAAAAGUUUCUAUUGUAAAAGCGAGAGCACCGGAAAAUUGGCAAAUUUAAAAAAUUGUUUUGUGACAUGUUGUUUAUUAUGCAUUUUGUGUAUGCUUCUUUAUUAUUUUCUUUAUGAUUUUGUUCAGUUUUAUUUCUUUAUGAUUUUUUAAAAACUUUAGUUCUUAGUUUAUUUAAUGUCUACUCUAAUAAUGAUUGAGACGGAAUAAUGAAUUGUUAUGUCAAGAGAGAAAAAUUGAAAUUGAAUAAAAAUUAAGAAAAAAAAAUA